GACGCGCCGGGAUCAGUACGCAGUCGAAAACAGAAAGCCUCAGAUAUUGUAACAGAAAGUGACCGGUGAACAUUUGCUGAGUGAUAACUAUUUUUUUCUUUGCGAUGGCGUACUACGGUCCACCACCGAAUUUGUGGGGUCAUUCCGUGACCAACCUCACUGUUGUGGAUAAGGUUCCCCCGGAAAUCAUGCACCUGGUAGACCCGCACUGGUAUCAGUUUCCACCGAUGAACCCACUGUGGCACUCGAUCAUCGGAUUUGCCAUCUUCAUGCUGGGCAUGAUUUCCACCGUUGGCAAUGGAGUUGUGAUCUACAUCUUCUCCACGGAGAAGUCCUUGCGGACACCAUCGAAUCUGUUCGUCGUUAACCUAGCGGUAUCGGACUUCCUGAUGAUGGCCACAAACGCGACAACCAUGGUGUACAACUGCUGGUUCGAAACGUGGUCGCUGGGAUUAUUGAUGUGUGAUCUGUAUGCCUUCACCGGGUCCUUGUUCGGAUGCUGCUCGAUCUGGAGUAUGACCAUGAUCGCCAUGGAUCGGUACAACGUCAUCGUGAAGGGGUUGUCCGGGAAACCGCUGACUAAUACGGGAGCAAUUGUCAGAAUCUGUGUCUGCUGGACGAUUGGAAUCGUGUGGGGAAGUAUGCCUAUGCUGGGUUGGAAUCGAUACGUUCCCGAAGGGAACAUGACCGCUUGUGGCACGGACUAUCUAACCGACGAUUGGUUCAGCAAGUCGUACAUCUUGUGCUAUUCGUUCUGCGUGUAUUACAUCCCACUGUUCACCAUCAUCUACUGUUACGUUUAUAUUGUGAAGGCUGUAACAGUGCACGAGAGAACGAUGCGCGAGCAAGCGAAACGUAUGAACAUCCAAUCUCUCCGGCAAGGAGACGACGGCAAAGCGGCCGAAAUGAAGCUGGCGAAGAUCGCCCUGGUCACCAUUUCGCUGUGGUUCCUGGCUUGGACGCCGUACACCAUCAUCAACUACACCGGGGUGUUCAAAAUGGCCAGCCUUACACCGCUGGCCACCAUCUGGGGUUCGGUGUUUGCCAAGUGUAGUUCGGUGUACAAUCCGAUCGUGUACGGGAUCAGCCAUCCGAAGUAUCGGGCAGCUCUGGUGCGACGUUUCCCUGCCUUGGGAUGCGGUGAUGCCUCGGGUGGUGCCGAUGCUAAGUCGAUGGCUUCGGAAGUAUCCGCUGUCAGUGGGGGUGGAUCCGCUGGAGCCGGGAUGGAGACAACGGCCGCUUGAGGAAGAUUUGUGGCAUGAACCUAGCUAUUUUCAUUGAAGCAUAUCUCAGAAAUAUAAACUAAUCUUUGUAGCAACCAGGAA